AGGGGGCUAGGACACCCGGAGCUUCCCGCAGGUGAAGUUAAUUAUGACAGAAACAGAUGGCUUCUAUAAAAGGGAAGUGUUUGAUCUGGCAGAACAGUACAAGAUGGACCACAAGAGGAGAGGAAUCGCUCUGAUCUUCAAUCACGAGAGGUUCUUCUGGCACCUGACACUCCCAGAGAAGCGGAGCACCAGUGCAGAGGACAACCUGACUAGGUUUUCAGAGCUAGGAUUUGAAGUGAAAUGCUUCAAUGAUCUCAAAGCGCAAGAACUACUGCUCACAAUCCAUGAGGUGUCGAACUCAAGCCAUGUGGAUGCCGAUUGCUUCCUGUGUGUCUUCCUGAGUCACAGUGAAGGCAAUCACAUUUAUGCAUAUGACGCCAAAAUUGAAAUUCAGACGUUGACUGGCUUGUUCAAAGGAGACAAGUGUCAGAGCCUGGUCGGAAAACCCAAGAUAUUUAUCAUUCAGGCCUGUCAGGGCAACCAGCAUGACGUGCCAGUGGUUCCUCUGGAAGUGGUGGAUUAUCAGACAGAUGUGCCAGACAACAUAACACAGGUGGAUGCUGCCUCCGUGUACACGCUGCCGGCCGGGGCAGACUUCCUUAUGUGCUAUUCUGUCGCAGAAGGGUAUUACUCUCACCAAGAAACUGUGGACAGCUCUUGGUAUAUUCAGGAUUUGUGUGAGAUGCUGGCCAGGUAUGGCAGCUCCCUAGAGUUCACGGAGCUGCUCACGCUGGUGAACAGGAAGGUCUCUCAGCGCCGCGUGGACUUCUGCAAAAACCCAAGUGCAAUCGGCAAGAAGCAGGUUCCCUGCUUCGCCUCAAUGCUGACCAAAAAGCUGCAUUUCGGUCCCAAAUCAAGUAAGUAGGGUCAUUGGUCUCGUCUACAUGUAUU